UCGCGACUUCAACUUAACGGGGAGGAAACAAAAAACAAAAACAAACCGACAAUAGGGCAACGCCUGUCACGGAAACAAACGACAAUGCUGUGGCUACGGAAACUAGCACCCACCAUAACACAAGGAACAAGGAGUCACGACGCCCAUCUACGCAUCAACCUUCAACAAGUUCUAUAGAUGUCGAACAAAUUGGAGAAAUAGUUGACACAUUGUCAACCAAACUGGAGGCUAUGGUUGAUAAAAAAAUUCAAUACAUUUUGGGGAAAGACACAAAUGUUUCUCAAAAUGCGCCUGUACUGGAAUUGCCACAGCCCGAGAUGCCUAAUUCAACUUCUAACUCUGACCAUCAACACGGUCAUAUAGAUAGACAAGUUCAAGCAGCUGGCACCAUUCAGCAAGCCAAAUCCAACAAAAAUAAGCCCACAGCUUCAACCACAGACAUUUUGCAAGGGGUUGAAAAUUUGUUGAAUGCUUCUCUUGCUCCAUCCACCUUAGAAACGUACAAAAGAAGUUGGACUCUUUUUCAAACAUUUAGCAAUUCAUACUUUGAAGCUCCUUUAUCACUUCCCAUAUCUGUCUCAGUUAUAGCCUUAUUUGUGGGUUUUCUACACCAAAAAGCAAUGUCUUCAAAGUCUAUUUGUACCUACCUUUCAGGCAUUAGCUAUGUCCAUAAGCUUUCGGGAGAAUAUGACCCCACUAAACACUUUUUGAUAUCUACACUGAUCAAAGGUACCCAACGUUUGUCUCCGUCUUAUGACCUCCGACUACCAAUUACUACUACAAUUUUGGACAAGCUGCUAGCAGCUUUAAAAAUUACAAGUCAAUCCUACUUCCAUGAGAAACUGUUCUCAGCCAUGUUUCUCUUUGCAUUUAACGCAUUUGCAAGAUGCAGUGAAAUCACAAAGUGCAAACCAUCCACAGAGCCAUUUAUUUUAAAAUUAUCAGAUAUGAAUUUUAUUUCAGAAGCAGGUCAAUCAUUUGUGUCAGUAACAUACCGCUUCUACAAACAUAACUGCGGUAAACCUCACACAAUCACCUUUUCACAUGGUCAUGCAAAGACAUCUGCUAUUACAGCGAUGCAUGACUACAUUGCACUUCGAGGUCAAUCCCCAGGCCCCCUAUUUUCAUUACCCUCUGGUCAACCAGUACCCAGGAAAUUAUUUGACAAACAGCUCAAAUCAACUUUAAGUUUUUGUGGCAUAAAUAGUGAUAGGUAUAAAUCACAUAGUUUUAGAAUAGGUAAAGCCACUGAUUGUGCUCAACGAGGUUAUUCUGACGCAAAAAUACGUUUUUUAGGAAGAUGGAAUAGUAACGCUUUCCGCAAAUACAUAAGAGUAACAGAGUGUUGAAAAAACAACCGAAUAUAUAUUUUCCGGUUGUAUUAUGACCUUCGCCCAGAAUUACCAGUUACCUUAUUAACAUGAAUAAUUCUAUCGGCUAUACAUAUAUGGCCCUAUCAAACCAUUAAUGAAAGCUACUUGCAGGGGCUAGUAGCUAAUAAAAAACUUUUCUUAGCAGUAUCUAUAAUAUUCAUAUACGGCUACCUGCAGGGGCUGGUAGCCUAUAUGAAUGAUUUUAUAUGUAAUAAUUUCUAUAAUUAGCGCCAUACUUCGUGAUUUAUUAAGCUACUUGCAGGGGCUAGUAGUUUAUGAUGAAGUUAUUCUUAUAUCAUAAAUGUAGAUAAAUAAAUUUUUAUUUUUGUGCUGCUUGCAGAUGAUAUUUCAUAAUCUAUGUACAAAUGUUUGUAACGAAAAUAUUCUAGUCAUUUACAUACUGGUAGUCUAUAAUGGUAAUAUUAAAAGAUGAUAUAGGUCAUUAUUUCCAUACAUUGCGAGUUUGUUGAUUCAUUCUAAAGCUACUUGCAGGGGCUAGUAGCAUACACGAAUGUACUCUAUAUAUCAUACAUGUAAAUAUUCGUUUUGCAGCUGCUUGCAGUUGAUAUUUCUCAAAACUAUGUAGAAAUGUUUGUUAUAGAAAUAUUCUAGUAUUUUAUGUUCACAGACUUGUAGUCUAUAAUGAUAAUAUUAAAGGGUUAUUUAUGGCAUAAAGUUUUAUACAUAACUCGUCAUUUGGUGAUCCAUUCUUAAGCUACUUGCAGGGGCUAGUACCUUAUAACGAAUGCACUAUAUAUAUCAUACAUAUGUUAAAUCAUAUAUUGGAGCUUCUAGCAGUGGAUAUUUUUCAAAGCUUACAAAAUAUUUGUGAUGACAAUAUUCAAGUCUUUUGCAAUUACGGAUACAUAAAU